AUGGCAACUGACGCACCGGCCGCCGCCGCUCCUCCUGCUUCUGCCGACCAGGACAUCAACCCCUGGUCGGUGCAGGGCGGCGUGGACGAGAACGGCGAAGUUGUCGCCAUUGACUAUGCGGCGCUCAGCAAAAAAUGGAGCACGAGCCUGAUCGAUGAGGCCCUCCUCGAGCGCUUCGAGCGCGUCACCGGCCACAAGCCACACCGCUGGCUGCGGCGCGGCCUCUUCUUCAGCCACCGCGACUUUGACCGCAUCCUGACCCGCUACGAGCACGGCGACCCCUUCUUCCUGUACACAGGCCGCGGACCCAGCACGGGCAGCCUGCACCUGGGACACACGAUCCCGCUGCAGUUUACAAAGUGGUUGCAGGACGUGUUCGACGUGCCGCUAGUCUUCAUGUUGACGGACGACGAGAAGGCGCUGUUCAAGGACAGCCUGGCGUUUGAGGACACGCUGCAGUACGGCAAGGACAAUGCGCGCGACAUUAUUGCGCUCGGCUAUGACCAGAAGAAGACGUUUAUUUUCAGCGAUCUCGAGUACCUGAGCAACCACUUUUUGAUGAACGCCUGGGAGUUCUCGCGGCUCGUGACGUUCAACCAGGUCCGCGGCGCGUUUGGCUUUGAUGGCAGCUCCAACGUCGGCAAGGUCUUUUUUCCGUCGGUGCAGUGCGCCGCCGGCUUUGCCACGUCGUACCCGGAGAUCUGGGCCGACACGCCGGCCGCGGUCCGCACCAAGGAGAUUGCCAAGAUUGACUGCCUGAUCCCCAUGGGCAUCGACCAGGACCCGUACUUCCGCCUCCUCCGCGACAACGCCCACCGCAUGCGCUACCCGUCGCCCAAGCCCGCCCUGAUCCACUCCAAGUUCUUGACGGCCCUCCAGGGCGCCGGCGGCAAGAUGUCCUCGUCCAACCCCAACUCGGCCAUCUUCAUGACCGACACCGCGAAGCAGGUCAAGACCAAGAUCAACAAGCACGCCUUCAGCGGCGGCCGCGAGACCGUCGAGGAGCACCGCGCGCUCGGCGGCAACCCGGACGUCGAUGUCUCGUACAUUUACCUGACCUACUUUGAGGAGGACGACGCCAAGCUGGCCAAGAUCUACGACGACUACAAGAAGGGCGACUUGCUGACGGGCGACCUCAAGAAGAUGGCGAUUGAGGUGCUGCAGAAGAACGUCGAGGAGUUCCAGGAGCGGAGAAAAGCAGUCACUGACGAGGUGCUGGUGUCCUACAUGACGCCGCGCAAGCUGCAGUGGGGCGGCAACCCGAACCCCAAGCCGAAGCCGCCGGCGGAGCCGAAGAAGGGCAAGGGUGAGGGCAAGGCUGAUGGUAAGGCCAAGGGCGACAACGAGAAGAAGCUGCCUGAGCGGCCAAAAGAGUAG